ACCUCACUGCUCUGAAGUUGAAGGAGUGGAAAGUUCUUCACCAGCCCUGAGACCUCAAGGUUUGUCCAUUUGGGCCAGUCGGGGGAACGGAGUUGGGACCGGUGUUUGUGAAACCAGCUACCCUUGGAAUCUUCUUUGGUCGUAUCAUAUCUAUGCAAGAUUUCACCAUGGGCAGUGGCUAUUACAACAUAGUGGCUGCUGUAUUAUUGGUCAUGAAUUUUGAGAGGACAAGAUCAAUACAGGAUUCCUGUAGUAAAUGCCCAGCUGGGACUUUCUGUGGGAAAAGCGAGGGUCAGAUCUGCAUUCCUUGUCCUCCAAAUAGUUUCUCCAGCACCAGUGGACAAAAGUCCUGUGUCAUAUGCAGGCGGUGUGAAGGUGUUUUCAGGACCAAGAAGAUGUGUUCCCCCACCAGCAAUGCAGAAUGUGAGUGCAUCUCAGGAUUCCACUGCUUGGGGACAGGAUGUGCCAUGUGUGAACCGGAUUGUAAACAAGGUCAAGAAUUAGCCAAGGAGGGUUGUAAAGACUGUCGCUUUGGGACAUUUAAUGAUCAGAAACACGGCAGCUGUCAACCCUGGACAAACUGUUCCUUGGAUGGAAAGUCUGUACUUGUGAAUGGGACGAAGGAAAGUGAUGCAGUAUGUGGACCGGCGUUGGCUGACUUCUCUCCAGGUACAACCUCUGCCACCAUGCCUGCCCCUGCAAGAGAUCCAGGUCAUACCCCGCAGACCAUUGUCUUCUUCCUUGCACUGACAUCGGCUGCUGUGCUGUUCCUGCUGUUGUUUCUAGUGCUCCGUUUCUCGGUCCUUAAACGUGGCAGAAAGAAACUCAUGUAUUUAUUCAAACAACCAUUUAUGAGACCAGUACAAACUGCCCAAGAGGAAGAUGCCUGUAGUUGCCGAUUUCCAGAAGAAGAAGAAGGAGAAUGUGAGCUGUAAAUCAGAAAAUCCAAACCUCCACUGGGCCUGUCUUGAGAAGAAUCACAGGACAAACAUGAUUGAUUCCACCAUCAUAUCUUUCUAAACUGAAGACACCAUCCUAGAUAAGACUCAGGAUUACCCCUAAGUUUCCUCAAAAUGUUAGUGGAUUGGCCUUUAAAAAUGUACCCCCUUUUAGCACAUGUAUGGGACAGAGUUGGUGGGAAAGGGGCAUUUUCUAGAUAAUGCUUAAUAGGCUUCACUAGUUUGUUUUUGAAAUCCAAAGAGAAGUAUGCUUAAAAUUACAUCAUGUAGGCCAAUGGUCUAGCUAAAAUGACAGUCUAAAAUCAAUUCCAUUUUUUUGAGUGCUAAUAGAACAAAUGACAAAAAGCCAUAAGAUGCAAGAAAUACCCCCAACCAAAUUUUCCAUUGGUUUAGAUAUUCAGCACAAUGAGCUCUACUGAUGUGAGGGGGGAUAUUUUGACAGUGCCCAGAUUUGAGGUCAAGGGAAAAAUAGUUCAAAAGUUGAGGACGAGUUUUGGAAAGAGUUCCAAUGUUUUUGCACAUUUUGUGGUCACCUCCAUCUUCAUAUCUCCUGCUUGGUACUGCUCCUCUCUGAACCAGAGCUUAUGUUUUGGUUCUUUAUUGUUGUUUAAAAUUUUUUUUAUUUAUAACCAAAGUGUAAUUGAAAAACCACAUUAUAUCAGUUUCUAUUGUACAACAUAGUGGCUCCACAAUUCUGCACAUUACUCAGAGCUUGCCACAGUAAGUACUGUCCCCAUCUGUCACCGUACGACAUUAUUACAGUAUUACUGACCAUAUUCCUGAUGCUGUACUUUUCAUCUCUCUGAAUUAUUUAUUUUAUAAUUAGAAGUUUGUGUCUCUUAAUCCUCUUCAUCCGUUUUGCCCAGUUUUGAGAUUUGGCUUAUGUGUUUUUAAUUCUUAAGAACAUUAAAAAUAAUAUCUGGUACAUCAAACUCCCACAGGCCGAAUUUGAGCAGUCAUGGGUCUCUGUAUGGCUUAUGAGCUAAAAAUGAUUUUUACAUGUUUAAAUAGUAAAAAACAAAUCAAAAGAAGACUAAUAUCUCAUGACAUGAAAAAGUAUGUAAAUUCAAAUUUCAGAGUACAUAAAUAAAGUUUUAUCAGAACGCACA